AAAUCGCGUCGUUUUGAAUUCGGUUUCCUAAAUUACAAAACGCGUUACAUUAAACACAAUGAUCUCUCUUUGCUAAAACACGCACCACAUUCAUCUUAAUCCAUCUAUAUAAUAUAUAUACACAGUCCUCCUCUUCUUCUUCUCUUAGCUGAACGAACCUUUCGUAUUCUGAAAAUCUCUGUUUAAAUUUUUUUCUCUCUGAGGCAAAUCGUCGAACACAUGGGGUCUAAACAACCAUACCUAAACGGCGCGUACUACGGCCCAUCCAUUCCUCCGCCGCCGGCUAAAUCUCAACGCAGAUCAUACAACUCGCCUGGGUUCGGAUGCUGCUGCUUCAGCUGCCUCGGAAGCUGUCUUCGCUGCUGCGGUUGCUGCGUCUUAAGCCUCAUCUGCAACAUCCUCAUAGCUGUAGCCGUAAUCCUCGGAAUCGCCGCUCUUAUCCUCUGGCUCAUCUUCCGUCCCAACGCCGUCAAAUUCUACGUCAGCGACGCUAAUCUGGACCGGUUCAGCCUCGAUCCGAACAGCAACAACCUCCAUUACAGCCUCGACCUCAAUCUCACAAUCCGUAACCCUAACCAACGAGUCGGGGUUUACUACGACGAGAUCUCGGUUAGUGGCUAUUACGGAGAUCAGAGGUUCGGAUCUGUGAACGUUUCGUCGUUUUACCAGGGGCAUAAGAAUACGACGGUGAUCGGAGCCAAAAUGGAAGGACAGAAUCUGGUGGUGCUCGGCGACGGAGCGAGGACGGAUCUCAAGGAAGACGAGAAAUCUGGGAUUUACCGGAUCGGUGCGAAGCUAAGACUAAGUGUCCGGUUUAAGUUUUGGUUUAUCAAGUCGUGGAAGGUUAAACCAAAGAUGAAGUGUGAUGAUCUUAAGAUUCCUCUCGGUUCCUCUAACUCUACCGGAGGGUUUAAGUUUCAACCAGUGCAGUGUGAGCUUGACAUAUCUUAGUAGUCCACUCCAACUUUUACCAUGUCUUAUUAUUUUCAUGUUUUUUUAUUUAGUGUUGGGCAUUAGAUUUUGUGUUUUUUUUCUUGAUUAGUUCAUAUGAUUAAUGGAAUUAUGUAGUAAUGGUGUUUGGAGUUGGAAGAUAUAUAUUCUUGUUUAAUUUUUUUCAUAUGGCUUCAACUUCUAUGUGAAAAGAUUUAACACUUAAGGAUA